AUGGAUAAAAAAUCAACAUAUCCGUUUCGCCGACUUCAUACUGGCAUUCAUCACCAGGUGUUGCGAAACUGGAGCUCCACAAAUUCAUUUAUUACUGCAGAUUCAUUAAUGUAUCCAAUAUUUAUUGUUGAAGAUCCUAAUGCUAAUGAAGAAAUACCUAGUAUGCCUGGUGUUUAUCGGUAUGGCAUUAAAACUCUUCUAUUGAUUCUAGAAAAUUUGGUGAACAACAAUUUGAAAUCCAUUUUACUUUUUGGUGUAAUUAAUACUUUGAUAAAGGAUGAAACAGGUUCAAAUGCAGAUUCAUCCGAAAAUCCUGUUGUCAAAGCAAUACCUCUGAUUAGACAAAAGUGUCCUGAGCUAGUUAUCGCUUGUGAUGUAUGUUUAUGCCCAUACACCUCUCAUGGGCAUUGUGGAGUAUUUAAUUCUGAAGGAUUCAUUGAUAAUGACAAGAGUAUUCAAAGGUUAAGUGAAAUAGCAGCAUCUUAUGCUAAAGCAGGAGCUCAUAUAGUUGCACCUUCAGACAUGAUGGAUGGGCGCAUAGGAGCAAUCAAAGAACGCUUGGUUUCUUUAGGACUUAACAACGUUAGUGUUCUGUCUUACUCUGCCAAGUUUUGUUCAAAUUUCUACGGACCUUUCCGGGAUGCUGCUAAAUCAGCUCCUUCAUUUGGUGAUAGGAAAUGUUAUCAGUUGCCACAAGGAAGUUCAGGACUUGCUCGUCGUGCUGUGGAACGUGAUGUGGAAGAAGGGGCUGAUAUGUUAAUGGUGAAACCAGGCCUACCUUAUUUAGAUGUGCUCAAAACUACUAAAGAACAAUUUCCUGAUCACCCUCUGUUUGUUUAUCAAGUAUCUGGAGAAUAUGCCAUGAUUUACCAUGCUGCCAAAGCUGGUGCAGUUGAUCUUCAAAAAGCUGUUGAAGAAACAAUGACAAGUUUCCGACGAGCAGGAGCGGAUUGCAUCAUUACUUACUUUACUCCACAAAUUCUUGAAUGGAUGGCAUCAAAAAACAAAAACUAA